GGAAACAACUACUUAAAGUUUAGUGAGCAAAUAAAUCAUAAUGAGAAAAUAAAUUACUCCAUGGGAUAUAACCCUAAAUCUAUGCACAUUAGAUGAAAGGCGUAUUUAUUAAAAGCACGGUAUGAACCCACCCAAAUGCACCUGCCGUUGCACCUGUAAAUCUGCACAACAUUCGAAUAUGGGAAAUGUAAAAAGGAACUCGUCUUGCUCACUUCAGACUCCUGGGAAAAGAAAAUCAGAUCAACUGCAGUCAUCAAAUCCCAAUGAACUACAUUUUACCGCGGAACAACAGAAUAUGAUACUUAAGAUAGAAGCGUGCAACAGAGAAAUUCUACAAGAGAUCUACAGACUGCAGUCAGAAAGUGUGAAAACUAAUGAUGCUAUAAGUCUGCUGAAAGAACACGCAAAUGUUAUACAGACGUCUUGUCUUUCACCAAGGCUACCGCAGAGAGAAUUUCCCACAUACCCUUCAGUUGUUUGUAAUAAGAAAUCCAGUAUAUCUGGUUCUAGUACUUCGUCGUCUGGCAUAAGGGAUAACAGUUCCACUUGUGUAAAUGAUGACAGUAGAGUAAUAAAUUUUACACAGCAAACAGUGAAACGAAAUGAAGAUCAGAUAACUAGACAAUUAGAAUUACUGAGAGAUCGUCAAUGUCAACUGAUGUUGAAAAUAGAAAGUUUGAAGAGAUCAAGAUUUAUUCUAGUUCACAAUAUGCACCAACUCCUUCUAGCGGCAAAAAUGCAAAAAACCAAGCAAGGAAAUGAAUGCUGCAACAAGAAAAAAAGUGAUACAUUUUGUAAUGACUGUAACCGAGAAACUACAUUUCCCCUGAAGAAUAAUGAAUCGGAUCAGAAUGAAGCUAAGUAUCUAUUCAAUCUGACCAACUCUUUCCACGAUUCUACAAGAAUUAAUCCUGAAAUAAGUCGCUCUUAUGUUGAUCGUGAGUGUCAAACAGUUAUAGAUUCAGGAUCAAGAGAUGACUUUAAUAUGACUAAAACGGACAGUGGGAUAUCGCAUAAUUUAGGUGGCUUUUCAGAAUCAGAACAAAAUCCGACAACUAUUUACUCAAAUAAUGAAAGAAGUAACUCCACAACGAAUCCCGUAUCAAACAAUCAAACUAAUAUGUCCGCUUUAGCAAUGGUAGCAGCGGUUACAGCAGCGACAAUCUUUAGAAAAACGCUUCAACAAUCAACUAGUCAAAUAGCCAACAAUUACUCAGAGAUUUCCGGUAAACACGAUUCCAUGUGUCACAGUUACGUGGAAAAUAAAUGUUCUUCAAUAAAUACAGAAAAUCCUAGAUGGAGAGAUUAUGAAAGACUGGAAACCCUAAAAAAGAAUUGCUUAAAUGAAGUAUCAGAGGCAGAUGAUAAUCACCUUAGUCAAACGCUGUUUGACCAACUCACAGAAAUCAUGGACCGAUUCGAUCUAUCUUCACCGCCUCCGCCAGCACCGAAUUCUAGUCUCUAUGGGUUCACCGACAUCAAUCCUUGUAGCAAUUACGCAGAUGUUAGAUACAAACAGAACAGUAAUUUACAACUCAAGAACACUUCAAGUGAAGAAGAGUUUGAUUUUUCAUUAGAACCGGAUUAUUUUCAAAUUGGGCAAGAUAAGAGUAAAUUGCCUCAGAGAAUUUCACUGGAACAUUAUGAUGCAGAAAGUAAGAGAGAUGAUGAACCGAAACCAUCACUGAAUUCUUCUGAUAUGAUAAGAAAUACAGGUCUUAAUGUGUCACGUGAAAAGUUUUCUGAUCGUCUUUUACGUGCUCGCCAAGCAAUUGAUUUAUGGGAAUGUCAAAUAAAUCGUAAUUCUUAUGAAAAAGGAAGUCAUGUACCAUUCCCUGAUGUCGGACAGAAUCAACAACUAAAAUUAAACAGUGACACAAAAGCAGCUACUCUGCCCCAAGUGUCAUCUUCAUUAAAUGCGAACUUUCCCACAAGAUGCAACAGUCUCACAAAUAAGUCACAGAUCAACGAAAGAAUCGCUCCUUUUCAAGGUUUCACUUCACUUGAUACACAUUCAAAAGCGAAAACUAGUUAUCAGAAGGAUAAUCUGUCUACAUUACAUCCAAGUUCGUCAAAAGCUAUGCCAGUCCAAAUUGUCAAACCUGCUGUUCGAAACCAAAAUAUAAAUAAUCCGUACAAGGACAAUGAUGUCAAGCAAUCAACAAAAAAUUUCGAAAACCAGAUUACAAAUCACCAAACACAACCACUUGAAAGUCAUCAGCAGCAAACACAAAAUAAUAAGCCCAAUACCUACGUGGACAAAACGUCGAAUAAUGAUAGACGUCAAAUCAAAGGUGUACUAGUGAGUGAAAAUUCGAAAGGUGAAAGAACCAGUAGAACGAGCAGGAACCCGAGGUAUGUUGUUGCCUUUCAGAAAAAGGUAUUAUAAAGUAACCUUCGAAUUUUAUUCGCAAAAAAUGUCUGUAGAAGUUCUAAAGAAAGAAAUAUUAUUUUCAGUGAAGCACAAUGCAGCAGAAAAUAUGUCUUAUGAAAAUGGUGCUCAGUGAUCACUAUAUUUCUUAGCUUUUUUAUUUUAAGGAGGCCUAUUUUCUUCAAUUAAAACCACAGCGAAAUGAAGAAAACUGAAUUUUAUCGUAAUCAUUUAGAUCAAAAGGUUUUCUAAUAAGGUUAUACUGAAGAUUUUGGAUUUUGAGUAUAGCAAAUAGUCUGGAAGAAAGUCUGAAGCAUGAUGACUAAAGCAGUGGUAUGAACAGUGGGAUAGGGAUAGAUUUCAUCACUGUAACAAACAGAUUGAAAUACCAAAAGUUAGGGUGUGGUUGUUCAGGAUGGAACACCAUGACACCAGGACUGAUCACCUGGUUACAGUGGAGCCAAAAAUAAUUUAGCCGUUAGGUCUUAACGCCUAGUGUAUUUUAACUUCUGUCGAAUUCAUAAAUUACUUAGUUAAACAGAAUCGCCUUAAAUCACUGCUGUGACGGGUAUCUAAACGACGCUGUAUAAUAUCUCACUGAAAUGGCUUAAUAAAUGAAAGGAAAUCAAGGAAAUUAAAAUCACUGCAAAUUAGUUUUGAAACAGGAUAUAUUGCCAGCGUAUUGUGGAAAGUUUUAUCGAUAUCCUGUUAUAUCCCUGUGUUUGUUGUAUUCUUACGCUAACUAUUAUUUUGUAGUUUUCAAGUGAAUAGUUUCACCAAUACAUGCACCCGGAUUUUAAUGGAACGCGUAUGGUUAAUAAAUUCUGCAUUUCAGUUUGCUUUAAUGCCAUUGAAUACUUUAUAUAAUUCUUCUCGUUAUGAAACUUGAACAGGGGAAGAACACUAAUUAUGGUAGAAUAAUUUGCACCCAAUUCUGGUACUUUGUUGGCUGUUUUCAACUGCCUUCAAUUUAAAAAGUAUCAAAAUGCACGAAUUACAGAAAUGGUUUCAACACACCCUCUUGGCUUUGAUAACUGUUUAUCCACAUGAAUUAUCAGUAACAUAAGUUUGGAGCAAUCUUAGUGGUCAAAUUAGUGAAUUUUAGAAGUACUGAUU